AUGAGUUCGCCUAAUUGUUGUCCUGAUGACGGCCCUGUCGAUAUGCAACCCCGAAAACUGGAUGAGAUGAGAUCUCCUCCGGCUGGGGAUAGUGAUGAUGUGGUGGAUUAUAUGCAACAAGCGCUGACAUCUGCACGGAAAGCGGCUUACUUCUGGGGAUCAUUAACCGCCACAGUAGUACCCGGUUAUUUCGGACGAAAGAUGGGUCUUGUGCACGAUUUUCUCCACUGGAACUUCAUAACGGAUAGGUGCAUACUUGGAGCUCUUCCCGUUGUCACAAAGUUUGGAGACAGUGGAAACCACUUGGUGCAACUUGCCGGACAGCUGAGGACUAAAGAUCAGGAACUAGGACUUGUUGUUGCGUGCAUGGAGGAAAUUGAAAUACAGGGUUUUGGUGUUCCGGUGAUAACCUUCGCUGAUGAGACAGCCUGGCGCCAAUAUGUUAAUCCGGAUGUCGAAUACUGCCAUGUUCCAUUGGAGGACGCGACAGCAGACGUCUCUUUCGAUGUGGUUGUUUCUGCAGUUGAGCAGAUUUAUCAGUGUGUUGAUGUGAGGAAGGAGACCGCUUAUAUUCAUUGCAAAGCAGGCAAGGGCCGCAGUUGGAUGAUGGUCAUGUGCUACCUCACCACGUAUGGGAAUAUGAAAUAUGCGGAUGCUGAGAAUCUUGUCCGGGCCAAUCGCCCUCAGGUUAGUCCGUCGCAACCCCAACGAGACUUUGCUAUGUGUUUCGCUCAGCGGAUGAAGGCAUGCAAAAAUGCGGCUUCGUGUUUGACCCGGUCGUAA